GCCGCUCGGUUCGGGGCUGAGCAGGAUGCUGUCAGGCCGAGGAGACGCACCGACCUAACGGGAGAAACCGCAGCAGCAUCCUUUGUUUGCGGGACCGGAGGAGCAGCCGUGACUCCUGCUGACAACCUGCAGCAGCUGGAGGAGAGGCAGGAAGAGUCCACCUCCGACAGCCAGUGAGGAGAGCAGAGGAGGAGGGAGGAGGCCAGAGGCUUCAAGCAGAUCGACUGCAGGUUGGAGGACAGACUCUGCUCUGGGUGACGAAGCUUCUUCUUUUUGGCCUCUGGGUUCACCCCUGUGCAGCGCAGCUCUGGAACACUCUGGAUCGCCCCGUGACGCUCUUUGAGACUCCGUCACAUUCCAUGAGACUUUGUAAUGCUCUGUGAUGCUCUAUAACACCUAAUGAUGCUCCGUGACGCUCCGUGACCCUCUAUAACGCUCCGUGACGCUCUGUGUGACACUUGGUGAUGCUCUAUGAUGGUCCAUGACCCUCUAUAACACUGAUGCUCUGUCACAUUCCGUGACUCUCUAUAACGCUCCGUGACCCUCCGUGACGCUCCGUGACCCUCUGUGACCCUCCGUGACCCUCCGUGACCCUCCGUGACCCUCCGUGACCCUCUGUGACCCUCCGUGACCCUCCGUGACGCUCCCUGACCCUCUGUGACCCUCCGUGACCCUCCGUGACCCUCCGUGACCCUCCGUGACCCUCCGUGGCGCUCCGUGACCCUCCGUGACCUUCCGUGACCCUCCGUGACCCUCCGUCCUGUCCUCGUCUUCGUCCCUCCCUCUGAGGUCCUGGGCUCUCCAUCCAGUGCUCAGUGGCUGGAUUCGGUGGGAGUUUUGCUACAGAGCUGCUUCCGGGGACUCGUCUGACUCGGGCGAUGCAGGAGUGUGUGUGACUGGUCGCUGACCCCCCCUCCCCCUCCCCCCUCCCCCCUCCCCCCACUGAUGAGGAGAGCCGGGGGCUUCGUCUCUUUUUGACCCUCUCUUUCUACGCCUUGAGUCUUCAUGCUUUGGGGGUCCUCCGGUGCCCCCGCCCUCUGUCGACCCCCCUUCACCCGUUGCCACCACGGCCGGCCACCCCAGUCGCCUUGUUGCCAUGCCAACAGAGACUUUGGCUCCAGCCCUGCCAGAUAGCAAGGCCGCCGGCCCUGCGGCGCAGUUCAGCUCCGCCGUCCCCCUCCGAAUCCUCAACAAGGGUCCCGACUACUUCAGGAGACAGGUGGAACCGAACCCGAAGCGCCUCAGUGCUGUCGAGAGGCUGGAAGCCGACAAGGCCAAGUAUGUCAAGAGCCAGGAAGUCAUCAACGCCAAGCAGGAGCCCAUCAAGCCGCCCGUGCUGGCCAAGCCUCCCGCCGGACACACCCUCCUGGCCAAGAGAGGCUCCGGGAUUGGUGGAGGAGGAAACGGGGGCGGGCUCCCUUUCAAGGCUUCCAAUAACAACGCCAAGGCCGACACGUGUCCCACCGUCAGCGGCAGCAGCAAGCGGGAGAACCUGAACCUGGAGAUCCAAAACCUUCUCAACUCGUCGUCCUCGUCGGGAGCCAGAUCUGACGGCCGAGGGGGCGGAGCUAAGAGCGCCGUGCUGAUGAGGUCCUCCGGGGGAUUGGCCAGGAGCUGGACGCCGUCAGGGAUGCCGCUAACGUACCGAUCCACCAUGACUCUGAACGAGCCGCCGGCGGACUCGGCGCCCAGCCCCAGCACCUCGCACUCGCUCCGGUCCUUCUCCCAUUCCCUCAAGGUGCCGCCGGUGAACAGCGGGGGGCGCCAGCCCCAGCAGGGAGGAAACCUCAACCUGAGCAGACGGGGAGGCGAGGGGGGGGUUCUGGAGCGCUCCCGCUCGCCGCUGCCGCCGCUGCUCACCUCCCACUCCUCCUCGGACCUCCUGCGGCUCUGCAACGGCAAGCCGCUCCGCGCCGCCCGAUCCAGCAGCUCCUCGGCCCCGCCGCUGCCCCCCAAGCCCAACCCCGCCUCCCUGCCCCCCCCGUCCCUGUCCCUGCCCCCCCCCCGGCCCGCGCCCUCCCCCCUGCCCUGCGACAACAGCCUCCCCCCGCAGUCCCUGCCCUGCGAUCCAGACCCGUCCGGCUCCGCCGACCCCCCCGUGGAGCUGGAGCUGGGCUCCUCCGUGGCUCGCCGCUCCUCUCUGCACAGGUCCAAGUCGGACCUGUCGGACCGGUACGCCCGGGCCGGCGCCGACGUGGAGCGCUUCUUCAACUACUGCGGCCUGGACCCCGAGGAGCUGGAGGCGGUGGGGCCGGAGAACUUCGCCAGGGCCAACUCGGACAUCGUCAGCCUGAACUUUCGCUCGGCCUCCAUGAUCUCCUCCGACUGCGACCGCUCCCGACGCUCCUCCAACGACGGGCUGUCGGACGGGGACGAGGGCGAGGACGAGGAGGAAGAGGCCGGCGAGCGCGUGCCCUACGGCAUCUCGGCCGUGGAGCGAAACGCUCGCGUCAUCAAGUGGCUGUACAGCAUCAAGCAGGCGCGAGAGACGCAGAAGGUGUCCCAUGUCUAGAAGCACUGCAGGGAGGGACGGGUUCGGCUGGACCACCUCCGAGGGGGGCGGGGGGACCGUCACCCGGAGGCUGAACUGAGGAUCUGUCAGAGUGUGUAGAUGGAUGGAUGGAUGGAUGGAUGGAUGGACGGAUGGAUGGAUGGAUGAAACAUUGACCGAUAUCAUGCUGAGACAGACUAGUUACUUCCUCCGUGGACACAGAACGAAGCAGCAGACCGGAGUGGUGUGUAACGACCACGCAGACGGCGUGGCGGCUCAUCAGACGCCGCCGCUCACAGUGUAGCCCGCGUUCACUCCGGUUCUUCUUCCACAGCGACGAGCUGCAGUCUUCCUGCCGCUCACCUCCAGCCUCCGAGAAACAGCCAGCAUCACAUUCAGCCUCCCGCGUUCCCAGUAACAUUUCACGACACUCUCACAUCCACAGAGGCAUAGAACGACCCGCUUAGCCUGGAAGUCCCAGGUGGAAAGGAAGAGGUCCAGAGUCAGAGGUGGAGGCGCUCUGCUGCCACCAGCUGGGUGGAGGAAGAACAGGAGCGAUUAGACAGACGAGAGGCCAUUCUCCAUGCUGAGGUGGGAACUUCCUGUUGGGAAGGGUCUCCAAACCUACAGCAGCUUCACUAGAAACUGCGUCAUGGUGAGCUGAGCCAGUUCAUCCGAAGCUGUACAGGAACCUUCCAAUAGAAAACCCAUUUUAAUUAUGAAAAAGAUGAAUGAAUGAAUGAAUGAACACGCGUGGUCAUUUCCAGCUCAUUAGACUCCAGCAGGUCUGGUUUCACCUGCAGCAGCAGAGCGUCAGGAGACACAUUCAGCUCCGCUCACACUUGUGGUUCAAGUCCACAGAAACAGAAACAGGACCCAGAUGAGAGCGGAGAAGCUUCUGGACGCUCAGGCAGAAGGUGCAGUCCCCUCUCCUCCAGCUGCUCGGUGAGCAGCGGUGUUCCUCUGCUGGAGCAGGAUCGGUCCGCUCCUCUGGCGCUACGAUCGCCGGAGAGCCACAUCAGCCCCACGUUUCCAGAGUGACCUUUGACCUGUCCUGCACGGUGUCCAGGGUUGUGGGACCGACCUGCUCCGGUCCACCGGGUAACCCGGCUGCUCGCCCGAGCCAGGCUUUGUGUGGAUGCUGGGAGAGGCUGAGCGGCGUUCGUGACGAGGCCUCGCCCAAGAAGCUUCAGAGCCGGGCCGUGUGGGUACAUGAACCUGUGUGAAAUCUGAGCUUUAUGUUAAAAAUAAACUAAAAGAACCUUUGAAACCCUGAAUCCUGCUGCAGGACUGAUUCUGUCAGCUGCUGUGAGACCCGCCUCGUGUCCAGCAGACCUGGAACCUGACGUCUCCUCUCUCUAGUCUCUCUAGUUCCAGAAACAGUAGAACAUUUCAAAGCGUAACGCCAACAGGCGCUUCAUGACAGAGAGACGGAGUGAAAACCAGCUAUAGGACCGACAUUCCCAUUCAGACCAUCAACGUUCCUCUUAUUGAUCAUUGAUUCUUCACUGUGUGACCAACAUUCAGAGUAUUGAUCAGGCUUUGAUCAAACCAUUUAGUAACUGUCUGCUCCAGACUGUUAGAUUCGUGUGUGUGUGUGUGUGUAUGUCCUGGCCACAGUGCAGCUCUGACC